ACCCAGAUUCCUAGAAGAAGAGAUUUGCUAAUCCCAUUCUCAUAUCUUAAGAUAUUAUUUUAGGGUUAUUCUGUUAUUAUGUAUUUAUAGCAACGAGUAAAUUAGUUUUUGUUGGUCUCCAUUCCAAGUAAUGGAGUAUAUGACAACGCUAUAUGUGGUUGUUUUAGUCCUAUUCCCUCCUCUGUUUUACUUAUAAAUACAUGAUCAACUCGCUCAACUCAAAACACGUUGAUACAGACACCCAGAAAGAAGUGAAGCGUAGUUUGAGGAUCUCUCUCGUUUUCUUGCUCCAUCAUUUUCACCAUUUUCUCGCCUAUCUUUUCUCUCCCCUCCAAACCCAUACAUUUUCUCUCCUUUUCCCUCCCUUUCUCUCCAUCCAAACAUGUACCAUUCAUCAACUUUAAACUCACCUGCACCUUUUCAAUCUUCUUUAUUCACUAAACCAAUCGCCGCGCACCGGAUGCCAAAACUCAAGAUAACAAACAUCCAAACAAAACGACCGUCUGCCUCGGAAACCGUUUCAACGACGAAAUAUAGACUUCAACUGCUGGCCUCGGAAUUCAGCUCUUUAACGGAACCGAUUGACCGGGUAAAACGGUUGCUGGAUUACGCAGCGGUUCUGCCUGCGUUGGAUGAAUCGGCACGUGUGCAAGAGAACAGAGUGACGGGGUGCACCACGCAGGUUUGGUUGGAUGUUGUAAUGGACGAGAAAGGGAAGAUGAGAUUUAGAGCUGAUAGUGAUUCCGAGAUAAGCAAGGGGUUCUGUUCGUGUUUGAUAAUGGUUCUUGAUGGGUCGGAGCCGGAGGAGGUGUUGGGCGUUAAGACGGAGGAUUUAACGGAGAUGAACGUAGGGGUUCAUGGUAAGGCCGUGUCCAGAGUCAACACGUGGCAUAAUGUGUUGAUUGUGAUGCAGAAGAGGACUCGGUUUCUGGUUACGGAGCAAAAGCAGGGAGCUUUAACUGGCUGUUCGUCUCGGUAAUGGCCUGGGUGAUCAUUAUUCAUGUGAUGGUUAUAUUUUAUUUUCUUAUAUGUUUUAGUUCAAAUGUGGAAAUUAGUAAUGAUAAAAUGUAUAAGAAAUAA